CUCUGUUAGGGUUGGUGUAAAGCUUUGUUUAACUAGGUUAAAGAUAGUUAGACAGUAGAAGAUGUUGAAUGUUGUUAUAAUAACAUUAUUUAGCUCGUUUGUUGCUUUCUGUAGAGCUCAGGAGCAGAAGGACCCGUGGCAGAUGGCCAGAGGUAACAGUUUACCCAGUUUUCCACAGCAGCUCCGACAGGACACGAUACAGCCCGGCGGCUACCCGCUCCUCCAGUCCUCCCCGAACAGCGUGUAUUAUCAGCCCCCAGCCCAGCAGCAGCUCCCAGACCGCGGGGACCCGCAGCGCUGUGCGGUGGAGGACUCCUCACGGGUGGAGUGCGGGGAGCCCGGGAUCAGCCCGGCUGACUGCGAGGCCCUGGAGUGCUGUUACGAUACUCGACAGUAUAUUCGAGCUCCUGAUGGACCCCUGUGCUACUAUGGAAAAACGGUCACUGUACAGUGCACCAAAGACGGGCAGUUUGUGGUGGUUGUGGCCAGAGACACCACCGUACCUCGGAUCAGCCUGGACAACAUCAGACUGCUGGAGGCCGGUGGAGAACUUUGCACUGCCAUCGACAGUAAUAUUGACUUCGCCAUCUACCAGUUUCCAGUGACGACCUGUGGGACAAGGGCGAAGGUUGAUGGUGAUUAUGUUGUUUAUGAGAACAUGAUGGCGUCCUCAUAUGAAGUUGGAUUCGGUCAACAUGGUGCCAUCACAAGGGACAGCUCGUUUGAGCUAACUUUCCAGUGUAGAUAUCUGGCUACAGCAGUGGAGGCUUUAAGGGUGGAUGUGAACACUGUUCCUGCACCAGCUCCAGUGUUUCAGCAGGGUCCCCUACGAGUGGCCCUCAGGCUUGCUAAUGGCAUCUGUGUCACUAAAGGAUGCUCUGAUGUGGACAUAUACAGCUCCUACUACACUGAGGCAGAUUACCCUGUCACCAAGGCACUGAGGGAACCAGUGUAUGUGGAGGUGCGCAUGCUGGAGAGAACAGACCCGAGCAUCGCCCUGGUGCUGAGCCACUGCUGGGCCACUUCCACCCCAAAUCCAUUAAGCCUGACUCAGUGGGACCUGCUGGUUAAUGGGUGCCCGUAUGAAGAUGACCGUUAUCAGACCACUGUGAUUCCAGUUGGCCCCUCUUCUGGCCUGCAGUACCCAACCCACUACAAGCGCUUUGUUGUGGAGAUGUUUGCCUUCGUGGACCAAACAUCCCUCAUUCCACAACAGGAACAGAUCUUCAUCCACUGUACCACAGCAGUGUGUCAAGUCUCUGCUCUGGACACCUGUGAACCAAGUUGUGGCAGAACAAAGAGAGCAGUUUCAACAACACAAGAUCUAGAGAAGGUCCUAGUGUCCAGUGAGGAGGUCAUCCUCCUUUCUGACCUGCCAGUUUCAGCUAAAAGCCGAGGGGACAGUAAUGAAGGGUCUUGGGAUUCAAGCUUUGGUCUGGUUGGAGUAGCUGCACUGGCUGUGUUGAGCAUCUGUGGACUGCUUACUGCUGCUCUCUGCUGGAGACGGCGGUUAAAACCUCGUCCUCUUCAGACAACAAGACUAUGAUGAAUAAAGUUGUCUUGUGUCAA